AUGCCGGCCUUGGCUUGCUUCGCAGACGCUUCUGUAGCGCCUCCUCCUGGCUACGCCUUUUCUGGGGAAAGCGCACCUCCGACGUCGGAGGUGUUCUCUUCCUCCGGCGAGCCUCCGUCCGCAAACACCGCCGUGGCCUUUACUGCCAUGCCUGCUACCUGGGCACUCGCUCAGUCCGCCGCACUCUACCGGGUUGACGGGUGGGGUGCCCCUUACUUCACCGUCAACUCCUCUGGCAACAUUUCGAUCCGCCCUCACGGUGUUGGGACGCUGGCCCACCAGGAGAUCGAUCUCCUCAAGGUGGUGAGAAAGGUCUCAGAGCCGAAAUCUUCUGGCGGGCUCGGGCUUCAGCUCCCUCUCAUUGUGCGCUUCCCAGAUGUGCUAAAAAAUCGACUUGAAUCUCUACAGUCAGCUUUCAAUUUUGCAAUCCAAUCGCAUGGCUAUGAGGCCCAUUACCAGGGCGUUUAUCCCGUGAAGUGCAAUCAAGACAGGUACGUGGUUGAAGACAUUGUGGAAUUUGGGUCGGGCUUCCGCUUCGGGCUUGAAGCAGGCUCCAAGCCGGAACUUCUCUUAGCCAUGAGCUGCCUCUGUAAGGGAAGCCCAGAGGCGUUUCUGGUAUGCAACGGAUUUAAGGAUGCAGAAUACGUUUCUCUCGCAUUGGUUGCUAGAAAGUUGCAUUUAAACACUGUAAUUGUGCUUGAACAAGAGGAAGAGCUGGAUUUUGUGAUUGAUAUCAGCCAGAAACUCGGUGUUCGUCCCGUGAUUGGUGUUCGAGCGAAGCUGAGGACCAAACAUUCUGGACAUUUUGGGUCCACUUCCGGGGAAAAAGGGAAAUUUGGUUUGACAACCAUUCAGAUUCUUCGCGUUGUUAAGAAGCUCAAACAAUAUGAAAUGCUGGAUUGCUUACAAUUGCUGCAUUUCCAUAUUGGAUCUCAAAUUCCAUCUACUGCUUUACUCGCCGAUGGUGUCGGUGAAGCUGCUCAAAUCUACUGUGAAUUACUCCGUCUUGGUGCUUGUGUUAAAGUCAUUGAUAUUGGCGGAGGCCUUGGAAUCGAUUACGAUGGCUCAAAAUCUCAGGAUUCCGAUAUUUCUGUUGGUUACAGUCUUGAAGAGUAUGCUUCAGCUGUUGUUCAGGCUGUUCAGUUAGUAUGUGACCGUAAGGGCGUGAAACAUCCAGUACUUUGCAGUGAAAGCGGCCGUGCCGUUGUUUCUCAUCAUUCAAUUCUAUUGUUCGAAGCUGUUUCUGCAAGUUCCUAUCAGUCUUCUCCAAUGUCUUUUAACGGACUUCAGGACCUAGUCGAGAGGCUCCCUAAUGAUGUUCUUGCUGAUUAUCGGAAUUUAUCUGCUGCUGCAGUUCACGGUGAGAAAGAUAAUUGUUUGCUUUAUGCAGAGCAGCUGAAACAGAGGUGUGUAGAGCAAUUCAAAGAAGGGUCUUUGGGGAUUGAACAGCUGGCUGAAGUUGAUGGCCUUUGUGAAUUGGUUUCCAAGGCGAUUGGGGUAUCUGAUCCUGUCCGCACUUACCAUGUGAAUCUAUCGGUUUUUACCUCUAUUCCUGAUUUCUGGGGCAUUGGCCAGUUGUUUCCUAUUAUUCCAAUACACAGGCUAGAUGAGUGUCCUGCAGUGAGAGGGAUUUUGUCGGAUUUGACAUGUGAUAGUGAUGGGAAGAUUGACAAAUUCAUAGGAGGUGAGUCUAGCUUGCCUCUGCAUGAAUUGGAAGGCAAUGGUUGUAUUAAUGGCGAUGGUGGGAGCUACUAUUUGGGGAUGUUCUUGGGUGGGGCUUAUGAGGAGGCACUUGGGGGGGUUCACAACCUGUUUGGGGGCCCAAGUGUGGUGCGCGUGUCUCAGCGCAAUGGUCCACACAACUUUGCUGUGACUCACGCUGCCCCUGGUCCAUCCUGUAGUGAUUUGCUACGGAUGAUGCAUUUUGAGCCCCACCUCAUGUUCGAGACUCUCAAGCACCGUGCAGAGGAGCUUGCCAACAAUGGUAAUGACGAUUCCAAUGGCUGCAUGGCUCUGGCCAGUGGCCUUGCCCGGUAUUUCGAUAACAUGCCAUAUCUGGUGGCUGCAUCCUCUUGCAGCCUGACUGCUGCUGGGGGCAAUGGUUACUACUAUUGCAAUAAUGAGAAGUUUGUUCCCAAUGUUGAUUCGGUUGCUGUGGAGGAUGAUCAAUGGUCUUAUUGCGUUGCUUGA